GCGUUGGAUUUGUGCGUGGGUGUGAGGGUAAUUUGGUGUGUUUGCUCGCAAAAGGAAAAGCGAAUGGCCUUGCUUGCUGAGCUUAUCAGGGCACUAGCAGUGGAGAGAGAAAGGACUACUGUAUUCUUAGGAGCAGAAUCUCAACAACUCCCUGUAAAACGGGCAGUGUGUCUUAACCUGGAAUGCUUUGGCAUUUAAUAAAAUUUCCCGUGAAUACUUUUCAUAGGGAAGCACUGUUUUUACUGUUUCUGGUUGGACAGUGGUUACAUUUCAAAUCGUAGUUCAGAAUUUGUGAAAUACCCAAAUUAAAUCUCUACAUGGCAGUAAUCCAUUUCCUUCCCUUAGUGUGUGGUUGGAAGAUUAAUUUGAGAUAAGUAUUCAGUUCUGGGCUGGGCAAUCGUGCCUGGCAGGGGAAACUUAGGUUCUUUAAGGGAAGGGCCUGAUGUGCUAAAAUGAAAUCUAUACCGUGUUUAGCCGCUUAUGAGAAUAUGAAACUAAGGAGAGCCGCAGGUGAAAGGUGUAACAGUCACUCGGCCUACACCCACAGUAUCGACCUUGUGAACCCAGCGACCUGACUGCCUUGGUCUGGGUUCUGCCCGCACACAUUCCUCGCUACCUUCUUCGUGUCUGAGAACCUCCAGCUUCACCUCCUUUUCUGGACCCAAGGGCCUGGCGGGGCUUCCAGCUGGGACCAGACCUCCAUGGAUCCACUCCAGAAACGGAAUCCAGCAUCACCUUCCAAAUCUUCCCUGAUGACAGCUGCAGAGACUUCCGAGGAAGAUCCAGCGUCCUCUCAGCCUUCUUACUCAGAACAGCCGAUGAUGGGCCUCAGUAACCUGAGCCCCGGUCCUGGCCCCAGCCAGGCCGUGCCUCUCCCAGAGGGGCUGCUCCACCAGCGGUACAGAGAGGAGAAGACGCUGGAAGAGCGGCAGUGGGAGAGGCUGGAGUUCCUUCAGAGGAAGAAAGCGUUCCUGCGGCACGUGAGGAGGAGACACCGCGAUCACAUGGCCCCCUAUGCUGUUGGGAGGGAAGCCAGAGUCUCCCCGUUAGGUGACCGAGGUCAGAAUCGAUUCCGAUGUGAAUGUCGAUACUGCCAGAGCCACAGGCCAAAUCUUUCUGGGAUCCCUGGGGAGAGUAACAGGGCCCCACAACCCUCCUCCUGGGAGACGCUGGUGCAGGGCCUCAGUGGCUUGACCCUCAGCCUAGGCACCAACCAGCCCGGGCCUCUGCCCGAAGCAGCACUCCAACCACAGGAGACAGAGGAGAAGCGCCAGCGAGAGAGGCAGCAGGAGAGCAAAAUAAUGUUUCAGAGGCUGCUGAAGCAGUGGUUAGAGGAGAACUGAGACGUGCACCCACAUGGGAUGGAGACCCAAAGGGACUGCCGUGUUGGCAGCGCCUGGGUGUGGGCCCAUUUUGGGGACCAAACACCAAGCUGUGGUCGGAUGAGUGCCAGGACCUGUGUGCCAGGACACGUGGGAAUCCUCCCAGCAUGAUGCUUGACCGACCCCAGGAAGUCCUCAUCUUUUGUGCCUGUCAUUCUUGGAUGGCUGUGAGGCAUUCCUUGGCAAGGGACGCUGCAUACCAGCGGUCCUCGCCGCAUCUCACGUGGCUCCCGUGAUGCAUGUUGUUGCUUUCCCACCCGGGAUCUCCAUCUCUCUUCCCUUCCUGCUGUCAGUAAGAGAUCACAUGUCUGUGUAGUGUGAAUGCCUUGUCGCUGUCCUGUGCUUUUGCACCAUUGAGUUGACUGCCUCUGAGAAGCAGCACUAGGCCUGUUGAAAUGCAGUGUGCUGCCCUGAGAUCCAGUUUCAAGAACGGGCAGCUAAACGCAGUGUGGGAAAGGGAUGUGGAAUGAGAACUUGGUGGUUCACCGCUGUACUGUUUGUGUAAUCAUUUAUGUAUGUGGUAAGCUACAUGUAUGUAAAUAUUGCAAUACCCCUAACAGCCGAGUAGUAUUCUCCCUUGCAGGAAUUUCUGACGGGGUUCCUCAUCAUCAGUACCAAAUAAAUAUAUGUAGGAAUGGAAAA